UGGACAAUUACAGCAUUUUUUAAAAAUGAUUUUAAUGUAUUCAGAAUGGCUCAAAACCACUAGAAAACAUUUUGUUACUCUUUUCAAAGCGUUAAUUAUUAAGUUAUUUUUAAUUAAAAACAGCCCAGUUUCGUUUUUAGCUGAAACGGGAAGUCACGUGAUUUUUAAGGAACUGACGUCACAUGUGUCGAUCUUUCGUUUGUUUACAUUCGUAUUCCUUUUAAAUUCGUUGUAUUCUAUCUUUCUUUCUACUUCGCAUUUGUUUGAAACUACUUCAGAUAUUUUAAUAAUAUGUCAUCACCAAGAUAUAAAUACUGCGUAGUGCCUUUGUGCACAAAUACAACGAAAACGGCUCCGGAAUUAACUUAUUUCGAUGUUCCAAGAAAAGAUGCUGAUAGAAAGAAAUGGUGCCUCGCUAUGAAACGAGAUGAUAAAAAAAAACCUAUUUUGUCUACAACAUCUGUCCGAAAUGUUUGCGAAGACCACUUUAAUCUGGAACUUGACACUGAGAAUUAUCUUCAACAUAAAUUACUAGGAGUCAAACUUAGAUUAAAAAAAGGAACUGUGCCUCAUAUAUUUGCAUGCCAAAUGAAUAAAUCUCCUGCACCAGUAUUAUCAGCAUCUACUGAAAGAGCUGUUAAGAGGCAGCGAAAAAAUACAGUGCAAGAGCUAUUGGAAAAGUUUGAGCUGUCAACUACGGAUGCGAAUGCAGAAGCAGAUGAUACAGGUUCUGUCUUACAUCCUACUAGCGAAAUAGAAGAUGUAGCAAAUUUUUUUGAUAAAGCUUGCCAAGUAAAUUUGAAAGCUGCUUAUCGAAGCAAGGGUACAAAUACUCAUAGUGUUGCAACUUCAGAAUUUGGAUGCAUAGCCGCACCAGAGAUGCAAGACGUAGCUUCUGGUCCAACACCAAAAGUAAUGGAAUGUGAAGGAAAUUACAUCAGUGAUGCAGAAGAAAUAGUUGAUAGUGAUUAUAUUUGUGAAAAUACAUCAGGAUCAGACUAUGAUCUUGAUGAUGAUCAUGAAGAAAAAAGAAUAAUGAAAGCAUUCAUGAUAAAAUCAGUGGAAAAAAAUUCUUUUAUGUGUUUAGGAAUUCCAAAUGAGGAAAAAUUCCUCAUUGAGUUUUUGUCUAAACACACUAAAUGCUCAAUUUUAAAUGUUAUGGUCACGCUUAAAAAAAUAAGACAAAAUGAAACGUAUGAGUAUCUGGGCAUGUUAUUUGGAAUGUCCACUAGUAAUGUGUCCAGAAUUUUCAAGAAAACUUUGUCUCCUCUUGCAGGUGUUCUCCAGAAUUUUAUUGUUUGGCCUACAGAUUCCAAUAAAAUCAAACAGUGUUUACCAAUAGCAUUUCGAAGGAAUUAUUAUAAUGUUCAAAGCAUAAUAGAUUGUUUUGAAAUUCCUAUUGAAAAACCUUCAAAUGCAUUUCAGCAAUCUAUGACUUGGUCGGAUUACUACAAGAAUAAUACCAUAAAAUUCAUGGUAUUUUGCACUCCUGAUGGCACAGUAAGCUAUAUCUCAAAGGGUUAUGGGGGGCGUACAACAGAUGCCGCCAUUGUGGAAGAUUCAGGAUAUUUAAAGCUGUUGUUCCCUCACAUGGAUAUUAUGGCAGAUCGAGGAUUUAAAAAUAUAGCUCAUUUGUUGCAGCAAUUAGAUUGCCAACUUAUUCGUCCUCCUUCUGUGUCACAAAAUAAACCAAUGUCUGCGGAGGAAGUUAAAUCCACAAAGCGGGUUGCUGCAGUCAGAGUGCAUGUAGAGAGAGUCAUAAAUAGACUGAGAAAUUUUCACAUUUUAUCGAAAUAUACAUGUGUUGAUCAUAACUUGGUACAGUUAUUUGAUCACAUUUUAAUUAUCGUUUGUGGCCUUAUCAACUUUCAAAAUGAAAUUAUUAAAGUGUAAAAGUAUACUUUUUUUCAUGCUUUUGUAAAUUAUUCAUUGUCUUAACAAUAAUUAUAUAAAAAAUGUAAUUACAUCAACUAUUCACUACUUUAAAAAAAU